AUGUCUGCUUCUUACAUAUCAUCAUCAACCUACGAGCCAAGGAAAGCCGAAGAACAUCCAAAGAGAGCAGGGAUGGUAGAGAAUAUUCCGGCAAGGAAGAAGGCAGUGAACGAACGUGACAUCAAUGAAAGUGCAGAGGCAUUUAUACAGAAAUUCAGAAAGCAACUCCUUCUCCAAAGUGCUGGAAUCAACUUUCAAUAA